UCUGUGUACUGUGUAUCACAACACACGUCUGAUCGUGAGUACACACACACACACCGUUAAUGUGAAUCAGAUUACACGUCCUGUGAUCGAACGCUUCACUGUUGGAGCAUCUACUGUUGCUUUAAAGUGUCAUAUAAGUAGCGUGGACACGGUGAAGUCAAAGGACGGACCUCGCAGGUAAACGAGACGGUCAGAGGACGGACCUAGCAGUUAUACGACACAGGCUGUGUUCCCCUCAUCCAGCAGUAACGGUUACAAAAUACACAGAUGCGGUGACUACAAUAUACAAAGGAUGUGUGGCAAUACAUUCCGUGCAGAAAACACGAUAGAAAACUACAAAGAUAAUGCUGCUCGCUCGAUUCCAGAUUCAAUUUAGCGGGGUUAAAUCAACAGGUACAAGAGAGGCGCCAACUUCCACACGCUCGUCCUAGGGUGGAGCUCCGUACAGGGUUGCAUCAACCAGUGGCGUGCCAGCAUGGACCCGCCCUCUACCACAACCUACACCCUACCCCCAGCCGACCAGCAAGACCCCCUGGAGCCUGAGUUUGAGCAGCCCAGCUCGAGGGGUUGUGUUGAUCAGCAACUGUGUGAGAGACCGUCAAUAUGGCGGCAACUGUGGGGGAUCCGCAACGUGCUGGUUGUCCUGCUGACACCAAUUAUCUUGUUGCCACUACCUCUCGCAGCUGAUGACCCGAAAACCCAAUGCGCUUACGUGAUCUUGGUGAUGGCCGUGUUCUGGAUCACGGAGGCCGUGCCCAUCGCAGCCACGUCUCUCAUCCCCAUCUUCCUCUUCCCCAUGAUGGGGCUGCUCACGGCCAGGACGGUGUCAGCAACAUACCUCAACGAUACCUCGGUGUUAUUUCUUGGAGGUCUCAUUGUGGCAGUUGCCAUAGAAACAUGGGAUCUUCACAAGCGUAUAGCAAUCGGAGUGUUGAUGUUGGUUGGAGCGGAACCGAAAUGGUUGAUGGCGGGGCUGAUGGCGGUCACGUGGUUCCUGUCCAUGUGGAUCUCCAACACCGCCACUACCGCCAUGAUGAUUCCCAUCGUACAGGCAGUCCUGCAGCAACUGAAGACUUCCGGUCAUGGCGACCAGGAGCAGUCGCCAACAGGUGAAGGACCAUGUAUGGCAAAUGGUGGCGUCCAACUCGAGAUGACGCCAAUCGGCGAUGACGUGAAGAAGCCUGUCGAGGACCAGACGAAGGUAGACGUCAGUAACGACAACAAAGUUCAACCCUUAGGAGCAACACCAGACGAACACACCAGAUCUGCCCAGGCCAAGGCAACACAGAUUGAAGAAGCUAAACACCUGCGCAUGUGCAAAGCAAUGUCUCUGAGUAUUUGUUAUGCUGCGAAUGUUGGUGGCAUCGCAAGUCUCACGGGAACUGGCCCAAAUCUCGUGUUGAAGGGGCAGUCUGAUAUAAUUUUCGCCGACAACAACGCCACGUCUCCCAUCACGUUCAGCACGUGGUUGGUGUACGGCGUCCCUCUCUCCCUCAUCGUGCUCGUCCUUCUCUGGAUCUGGAUGCAGAUCUACUUCCUCAGAUGCAGAGGUUUCUGUGACUGUUUCAAUGGUGGCACAAACGGCGACGCCAGCAAGAGAGUUAAAACUGUUAUACGAGAAGAGUUCCGGAAACUUGGACCCGUCUCAUUCGCUCAGUGGUGUAUUAUGAUCUUCUUUGGAAUUCUCGUGGUGUUGUGGAUAACGCGAGACUUCGGUGAGGUUGCCGGAUGGGGAGAGAUUUUCAGACCAAACUUCGUUUCGGAUUCAACACCUGCCAUUUUCGUCAGCUUUCUUUUGUUUGUGUGUCCUGCCAACGUCCCUAAUGUGUUCUGCUUACGAAAGCCUGGAGAUUUGACCAAACCAAAGAUCCGGCCCAUCCUCCGCUGGCAGGAUGUCCAUGAGAAGAUGCCGUGGUCACUCUACCUCAUCCUUGGGGCUGGUUACUCUCUGGCGAGAGCCUCACAGGACUCCGGACUUUCCGAGUGGCUGGGCGGGAAACUGGGGGUGUUUUCCCACCUUGACCCCUACUUGAUGUUGCUGAUUCUCUGCUACAUCGUUGCCUUUGCCACAGAGGUGACCAGCAACACCGCCAUUGCAACACUCAUGAUGCCAAUCAUGGCACAGCUGGCCGUCAACUUGAACGUCAAUCCCCUGUUCUUCAUGUUUCCUACGGCGCUAGCAACGUCUUUCGCCUUCAUGUUGCCAGUAGCAACACCGCCAAAUGCAAUAGUAUUUUCAUACGGACAAGUGCGGGUCAUCGAUAUGGUGACGUGUGGCUUCCUCAUGAACAUCAUAUCUGUCCCCGUCAUCAUCUUGGCGACAGCGACGUGGGGCAACGCCUUCUUCAACUUCGACACCCUCCCGCCCGGUUUCAUCCGAGCGACCACGCCCUUGUCGCUCUUCAACACGUCAUCCCCCCUGCCGCUCCUGCUGAACGCUACAGGCUGAGUCCGCCAUGGUUCCUCUGUUUUCAUGUUAAAGGGGGACUCUCGUGCUCUCAUCCAGUCUAGGACGCUGUACAUUUCCAUAUGUAAGAAUGCCGGUACAAUGAGGUGCCUGCAAGGGAUUCUCGAUGCUCGGGACAGCUGCGAGUGGAUGCACAUAAAAGGGUCUGCUUCACAAAGCUAUCUCAGCACUAAGAUUGAAGUUAAUCCUUUACUUUGACAUAGACCUACCACAGUUGUAGAUCUAAGAUCGCCUUCAGAAGUAACAUGGUGUUAUUCACCUUAUGGUCUUUUGUCUGUUUUCCAUGUGUCACUGCGUUACCGAAGAUGAAUCAAAGCAGAAUCAUUUAUUCAUUUGAAAUCACAGUUACAUAGACAUAUUCACAUGUAGUUUCAAUAAGAAAUUCACAUGUCAGUUUCAAUGAGAUAUUCGUCAAUCAGUUUCACUGUGAUAUUAGCACAGUCAAUUUCAUUUAGAUGUUCCAGUACUUGGUGUAUAUGCCCAGCACUUGUGUAAACCUUUACCUGUGUAUAUCAUCACUUGUGUAUACCAAUUCUUGUGUAUAGUCAUGUAUACCAGUACCUGUGUAUAUCAGUGUAUAUAGCAUCCACACUACCAUAUACUGAAUAUAUUUUUAUAUUAAAUACUGUAGUUUGUUA